AUGCUAGAGUUGCUGCUCUCCGCGCUUCUCUCCACAACCUCCUCCUCCCCAUGUGCCUCACCUAGGGCCUCUGUCGCUGCUUCCUUUCCUGCAAACGCCUCCUCCACUGCUGCUGGCGGAUCCUCUGCUGCUGCUGCAGUUCCCGCAGUCAGUUCCUCUGCAGCUGCAAUUCCGAUAGUCGAUUCUUCUGCAGCUGCAGUUCCCACGCACAGUGCCUCUGCUGCUGCUGCACCAGAGUCAUAUAUAAACGAGAAGCAGCGCGAGUGGGAGAUGAAGGCGGCGAGAGCGGUGGCUGAUCUGGAGGAGCUCGCGAAUGAGAAGCUGGGGGAUGGCGUGGGGUCCCGGUAUACUGUCAAGCUCAGAUCCGUGCGAGCAAAUUUCAAGGACGGUCUGACAAGGCGGGAGAAGGCACUGAUUGCUCCGCCUGUUGCCAGGCCCAGGCGCAGCGAGUGUGUGCAGUGGGUGGGAAUACGCUGCUCCCAGUGCAGCUUGCGGGGGGAUCGGCAGGUGAAGAUUCUGGAUAUCCUCAACAGCCCCAAGGGGCAGCAGUACAAGUUGGAGUGUGCAACGUGUGGUCACGAGUGGUUCCUCUCUGCGGACGCGGUUCUUGCCGCCUCCUCUCCUGCAAAACCUGCUUCUCGUGUCCCGGCCGCCACUCCUCCUGGUGUAACGCGUGACACUGCAACAGCUGCUGCUGCUGCUGAUGCUGCUGGUGCUGCUGGUGCUGCUGGUGCUGCUGGUGCACCAGCCCCUCGUGGUCCCUCUCGUCUUGGUGUAACUCGUAAGAAUGUCCUGGCUGCUGCUUCUGGUGCUGCUCCUGCUGCUGCUGCUGCUCCGCAUGAUCCCGCACAGUGUAUCCAGUAA